AUGCAGCCGCUGUGGCCAAUCAGAAGUCUUGACAUUGAUGCGGAUUCUCGCCAAACCUGCAGGGGCUCAGUCCUGUCCAAAAUUCGCACCGCGGAAGUCAGGCUGCUGGACUGCACCCCCAAAUGCCGCUCACAGCAGCAUGCAGACCAGGUAGUUGCCGCGCUAACAAGCGGCUCUGAGGGGCAACUUCGGGCAUUUCUGACUUCAUACUGCCACAAUGCGGCCACCUUGCGGGAUGCCUUCGGUCGCACAUCCCUGCACCUGGCGGCCUCAUUGGGUAAGAAGGCCCUGCUGGAGUGGCUGCUGGAAAGUAAGGGUGCUGACCUGAUGGUUAAGGAUAAGGAAUCUGGCUGGACUGCUCUGCACCGCAGCGCCUUCUAUGGACAGAUCCAUUGUCUCAUGUCACUGGUCAAGCAUGGAGGACUUCUCUCUACCCAGGACAAAGAAGGUCUUUCUGUCUUGGACUUGACCAUGAAGGACCGCCCAUCACAUGUUGUGUUCAGAAACACUGACCCUACUGAAGUGUACACAUGGGGAAACAAUACUAAUUUCAGUCUCGGCCAUGGCAAUCAGGAGAGCCGACAGCACCCUGAGCUUGUGGAUGUGUUUGCCAGGACUGGAGUUUAUAUCAAGCAGGUGGUGCUGUGUAAGUUCCACUCUGUGUUCUUGUCACAGAAAGGCCAAGUGUUCACCUGCGGGCAUGGACAGGGAGGAAGACUUGGCCAUGGAGAUGAACAGACUUAUCUGGUUCCUCGAAUGGUGGAAGGUCUCAUGUCCCAUCACUGUUCCCAGGUGGCAGCAGCUAAAGACCACACAGUGGUCCUGCCAGAGGAAGGCUAUGUUUAUACUUUUGGUCUCAACACGUUCCACCAGCUGGGCCUAGCUCCUCCUCCCGCCUCAGCAUUUGUACCUAAACAGGUUUUCUCCAAGACACUCAAAGGCAGGACGGUGAUUGGAGUUGCAGCAGGAAGGUUCCACACAGUGCUGUGGACCAGGGAGGCUGUCUAUACAAUGGGACUCAAUGGAGGCCAGCUGGGUUACUUGCUGGAUCCUAAUGGAGAAAAGUGCGUAACAGCCCCCCGCAGUUCAGCCCUGCACCACAAGGAUGUGACCAUAUCUAUGGCAGCAGCUAGUGAUGGCGCAACAGUAGUUGUGACUGAGAAGGGGGAUGUGUACCUGUUGGCUGACUACCAGUGCAAGAAGUUGGCUUCAAGGCAGCUCAAUAUCAAGAAGGUCCUGGUGAGCGGGGGGAGUCUGGACCAUCGAGUAGCUCCGCAGAUCUUGAACGAGGGAGGAGUGGAAAAGGUGGUGAUCUUGGCAUUAGAUACAGCUGGAAGAGUGUUUUGCUGGCGUUCCUCUGGAAGCUCGGUGAGACAGUGCCGGUGGGCGUAUGCGCGUCAGGUUUUCAUGACGGACAUCGCUCUCAGCAAGAACAGCAUGAUGUUUGUGACUCAGGACGGGGAAGGCUUCAGUGGCGUGUGGGCUGGAGAAUAUAAGAAGUGCGGGGAGAAGAAAGAGGUCAGCGUGGAGGUGUGUGGCCACUCAGAUGCAGGCACACUGUAUGAACGAAUCCGGCUGGAGAAACUCCCCUAUGUCCACAGAGCUGUCAGCAUCACCAUGGACUCAAAGGGUCGGAAUUUUGGAGUUCUUCAGGCUGACCCAAAAACUAGCCUGUUUGAGGUUCCCAGUAUUUCUCCAUCCUCCUUCUCCCAACACUUCCGAAGCCUUCUGGAUGAGGCGGACGAAAUGGACAACAUCCAUGAUGUGACGCUUCAGGCCGGUGAUCGCACCUUCCCGGCUCACAAGUACAUUCUGUCCAUGAGGUCCGAGUUUUUCCGGAAGCAGUUCAUGUCCGAGCAUUGUGGGGUUGACGAGGAGCUCGAAAAGGAAGUGAGGAAGAGUGAAGAUGCCGUGGGCUGUGAUUUACUCAUUCUGGAAAAAAUCCCACCGGACAUGCUGGAAUACGCGCUUCACUUCAUCUACACAGACUCCUGUGAGCUGCUGGUACACGGGGCACGGCCAAUAGUCUCGGGGGUCAUAACAGCCCAAAACCAGGAUUCAGAGGAGGAUAGGCUUAUCAGCAACCUGCAGGACUUGGGCCUGAGUGGUCGUUCAGCUCUAGAGGUGUAUCGUUCCCUUCCCCCCGCAGCCAAAGGCAACAGCGACAAGGCCAAGAGCAAGGGCUCCAAGCCUGGCAAAAAGGGGAAAGGAAGCAAAGGUGACAAGUCCGGAGCCAAUGAGGGAGGGGCCAAUCCAGUGAAAACCUUACAGGGUGUAGCAAAAAAGCUCGGUCUGGGCAGCCUGUCAGCACGACUGGAUGGUGUCAAAUAUGAAAAUGGAAAAAUUAAUGUUACACAGAAGAAAACUGGCAACAAACCCAAAUUCUACCAGAAAAAAUGCUCCUAUCUUUGUGAUGUUACUCUGAAAUCUGAAGAUGGGAAAGAGUUUUCUUGUCAUAAAUGUGUCCUCUGUGCAAGACUAGAGUACUUCAACAGUAUGCUCGGUAAUCCCUGGAUUGAGGCUACAUCUUGUUCUGCACUCGAGAUGCCCACCAGCUCAGAGAUCCUGCAGGUCAUUCUUGAGUACAUCUACACAGAUGAGUCUCCCACCAUUAAAGAGUCUCUGAAUGUGGAGUUUGUCUGCAAUGUGUUGGUUGUGGCUGACCAGCUGCUCAUCACACGCCUGAAGGAGAUGUGCGAGGUCGCCAUCACUGAGAACCUGACUCUGAAGAAUGCUGCAGAGCUGCUGGAGUUUGCUACCAUGUACAAUGCAGAGCAGUUGAAGUUGUCCUGCCUCCAGUUCAUGGUGCUCAACAUGGCCGCCCUGCUGGAAUCAAAAGCUCUGGAUAUUCUUAGUGAUGAAGUGCUCGUGGAGCUUUCUGCAGCCUAUAGGAAGAUGAUCCCAGCAAUGCAGAAGCGUGUUAUCACCCCAUAUCCUGGUGCACCAGACCUCAGUUUGUAUGAGGAUGAGGAUUUGGACUCAGCAUUCAGCCCCAAACCAGAGACAGAAUUGGAUCACUCUUGCAGGGAAAUCCUGUUAAAAAAGGCUAAAAUGAAGGCUAAGAAGAAACCAAGGAGACGCUCUGACAGCUCAGGGGGCUACACUCUCUCUGAUAUCAUUCAAAGCCCUCCUGCUGCAGUGGUUUCACCAUGCCUGGUGAAGUCUGGUAAGGUUAACUCAACAGAGUCCCUGCAGGAGCUCCUCACGUCGGACUCUGAAGGCAGCUACAUGGGGGUUGGCAGUCCCAGAGACAUGCAGUCACCUGUUUUCCACGAGAGAGCUGAGGAUGAGAAAACCUUUAGUCAGAGACUGAAGACCCCACCCAGCACCCCAUCUUCCCUGAAGAACGGCCUCCCAACUCCCCCCAACUCUGCUCCACAAACCAUCCCAAAGGUCCUUCCCUGUCCUGCUCGUGCACCUCCAGUCCUGGAUCUGAGAACCAUCAUGGACAUGGAAGCCAGCUCUCUGCAGACUCUUGGAGCAACUCCUAAAAGCCCUGGAAGUGUCAACACCAGCAUCAAGCACUCCCCUCUUUCCACUAAACUGUCCCAGAAACAGAGGAAGAUGUUGGCCAUGGCUAACAAGGAGGCUAUGGUGGAGUCAACAGCAUCCAAACCAACCCCCACAUCCACCCCAUCCAAAAGCAGCGGAAAGGCCUGGGCAACGGCUGUCCAGUCCCCACCCUCCUCGUGUUCAUUUCGGGCUCUGCUAGAGGAGGAAGAGAACCGUUUGCUCAGAGUGGGGCAAACAGGAACACAGAGGGGCCAAAGCACCCUGGGAUCCCCCGUCACUGCUACACCUGCUGCCAGGAGGGUCACGUUCAAGUGUGCUGAAGGCAGUGAAUCGGAGAGACCUGUAGGGCCCUGGGUGCUGGGUGCAGUGGGCAGCCCUCCCCUCUCUUCCUUGGUGACCUUUGCUUCCAUCGUGGAGGAGGAGAAGCAACAGGAAGCCGCACUGAUCCGCAGCCGAGAGAAGCCGCUGGCGCUCAUCCAGAUUGAAGAGCGGGCCAUCCAGGACCUUCUGUUCCACUAUCAAGCACAUGACAACCCAGAUGAGCUGAUAGUGGUGGAGAGGUCUUCCAGAGGUCCCAUGGCAGUCCCGACCUGGAACAAACACUGAUGUUCAACAGCACAGCCACUAAAUACUACCAUCCAAGUGGGAAUGUCUCGCCCUGUUGUCACGCCCCAUUGUCACUUUAUACUUCUGGAAGCGUCUCUGCUCCAGCUUCCCCCCAGAACCCCUCCAGAUCCCAACAGUCCAUGCUGAGACAUACCUCGGACUCAUCCAUGCCAGUUUACGAUGGGUUUGACGCAAAUCUCUGCUUCUCUCUGCAGUGUUCCAUUUGUUUUAUUGCUGCUCAGCAUUUUGUUGUUUGCGUGUGAGAGAAUGUGUGUUUUUUUCCAUAACUGAAUGUGGUCCUGAGGAGAAUUUUUGGGACUGGGAUUAGUUGUGCAUGUUUUUCUUUCUUUCUUUGUUUUUUUGUUUUUUUUUGUUUUUGAUUUGAUUGUUUUUGCUGAGCAAAGAGUCCAUGUAUAAAAAGUAAACAACUCUCACAAAGGAAUAUUAUUAGUGAUGUGAAGCUGAAGUUGCCAAAGAAAUGAAAAUGUGAGAUGUUCCAGGCCACAAAAUGGGUCCAGAUUACAUCACAGGGCUUUCUUGUGUUGAAUCGGUGGAAGCUCUCAGUGAGAUUAAGAGAAGUUAAGAGUGCCAAUUAUCAUCUAUGGCAGAGCAUAAGGAGCACUUGAUAAGUGAGCUGUUUACCAAGGCAGUACAUUUACCUUCUUUAUGGACCCUUUUUUUCCCCCUUGCUUAUUAUCAACAUUGUUUGCUUCAGUUGAUCUGCAGUUACAUGGUAAUUUAGCAGUAAACUGUUUGUAUUUACUUUAAUACAAGCAGACGUUUGUCAUAGUUAAAAAGCAUUAUUUGACUCAGUUACAGAGAAAGCUAAAGUCAGGCUAUUCUAGUAGGGUUGAUUUUGUUUAACUGGUCAGUAGUGUGUUUUAGAGAUGGUCAUGUGCCUUGCGAUUGAAUAAUGAAGCAAAAUGAAGUUUAAAAAAUCUUUAUUUUCUCCUUAUUGUUUUACUCUCCUAGAGCCAGUGUAAGCUUGGUAGGUAGCUCAGAUCUGGACCAUAUGUUCUCCUUUUCAGGUGCCAUUUCAUACAGGUGUGUUUGUGUGUGUUGAGACCUAAGGAUGUGACAAGAAGAUGGCAUGCAAUAAUAAAAAUAUCUCACCUGUGCAAUGAA